CACAAAUCCUCAAAGGGCGGGACUAGGAAUUAUUAGGACGAUAAUGGCUCGCUGGCAGGGGGUGUGUGUUAUAGUCUGCGCGCUCUCGUACAGUGUCUGUAUAACCGGCACCCGACAUUGCUGACUGAAUUAUGGCGGAAGUGAAAGUUUUCCCACUGUCAUGUGCAGUGCAGAAUUAUGCAUGGGGAAAGAUCGGUCUUGACAGUGAGGUAGCGAAGCUUGUCACCAGCAGUGAUCCACUGGCUGUGAUUGAACCAGACAAACCGUACGCAGAGCUGUGGAUGGGAACUCAUCCUAAAGGAGAUGCUGUCAUCCGUGACAAUAGAAUUUCCCAGAAGACACUUGGACAAUGGAUAAUGGACCAUUCUGGCUGCUUGGGGUCUAAGGUUAAAGAUUACUUUCAUGGGCAGCUACCAUUUCUCUUCAAGGUUUUGUCUGUCAACAUAGCCCUUUCCAUCCAGGCUCAUCCAAAUAAGGAAUUAGCAGUUAAACUCCAUGCACAGUUUCCUGAGCAUUAUCCAGAUAGCAACCACAAGCCUGAAAUGGCAAUUGCACUUACUCCAUUUGAAGGACUUUGUGGCUUUAGACCAGUUGAAGAAAUCAUCAGGUUUCUGAAAAAUGUUCCCGAGUUUUACGCCUUAAUUGGAUGUGCCGCAGCAGAAGAGCUCGAGAACAGUGUUGGUGACUCUCACAGAGUGUCUGAAGCCCUGAAAAAGUGCUUCACACGAAUGAUGAACUGUGAGAAAAAAGUGUUUGUGGACCAGCUAAAUAUGCUUGUGAAAAGGAUAUCUGAGAAAGCUGCUGCAGGAGAAGACACCCAACAAAGUAAUGGAGAUUUAUUGCUGAGACUGCAUUCACAGUUCCCUGGUGACAUUGGCUGCUUUUCCAUCUAUUUUCUGAACUUCAUUAAACUAAAGCCAGGAGAAGCCAUGUUCCUUGGAGCAAACGAACCACAUGCUUACCUGAAUGGAGACUGCAUUGAGUGUAUGGCCUGUUCGGACAAUACAGUGAGAGCUGGACUGACUCCCAAGUACAUUGAUGUGAAUACAUUGUGUGAAAUGCUUAGUUACAUUCCUGCCUCAGCGAGUUCCAAGAUCUUCCCCCUUGUGCAAGACCUCUCUGAUCCCUGUGUAUCUGUAUACGACCCUCCUGUGCCUGAUUUCAGUGUCCUGCGAAUACAGGUACCAUCCUCAGUGAAACAGUAUACAGUGUCAUCCAUCGACUCAGCCAGCAUUCUUGUUGUGAUAAAAGGAGAUGCGGUGGCGAGCUCUGCAGCUGCUCUGUCUGAAAUGACCAUCACUAGGGGAUCAGUCCUUUUCAUAUCUGCAAAUGAAUGUGUCUCAUUGGAUAUAUCUUCAAGAGAAGGCAUGUUGCUGUUCAGGGCUUGCUGUCUCUUGUAGUUUCUGACAUCUAUUUCACUGAGAAAGCCAUCCGGAAAUAUAGUACAUUAGCUGUGGUCACUUUACUGCAACAGAGUGGAACCUAGAAUGGGGAAUGUACAGGAGCCUGUGCUAAUACUGAUUUCUGCAGUAAAUGCAACUUUUUUCUCUAAUUUAUUGGGUGUUGGGAGUAACCAAGUAGCGUUUUACAAAAGAAUGCAGAAAAGCAUGGACCUGAUAGGAAUGGGUUGCUUGAUAAUGCAUUACUUGUUUAAAACUUGAGAAGAUUACAUCAGGUUCUGUAUUAGCAUGUUAUCAUGACAUAUUGAGGUUGCACGAAAUACAAAAUAAAUUGUAAAAUAAAAAGAACCAGUCAAUAUGUUAA